AUGCUCACUGACGAUACCAGCGAAAUGCCUGAGAAUGUACCAAGUCAACGGUCCGACUGUAAAUUGUCAUGGAUGUUGGGCUUACUUACAUUUCCAGUAGAAGUGUUUGGUGAAGAGAUUCGAAGGUCGGUUCCACCAGAAGACGACGGCGGAUUUCUCUUGACCAGCCAUUGGCUUUACUGGAAGAUUCAUGCUGACGCUGUUUCCGAGGCAAUCUCCUUCGAUUCCGGUGAAAACGUAGGCUUUACUGGAAGAUUCAUGCUGACGCUGUUUCCGAGGUAA